GGCGCGUACGUGAUGACGUCACUCCGGCGUUGCUGAGGCUACUGGCGGAAGUUCUGACUCGUUCACCUGUUGCUCGUGCGAACAGGAAGAAGAGAAACUCGGUGAUAGUUUUAUCCGCGAGAAGGAGGUUACAUUAAACUGUAUAAAAAGGCAUUUAAUUGGAAGAGUGAUGGAUAAAUUAAAGAAGGUUCUGAGCGGUCAGGACGGAAAUGACGACCUGAAUGUGCUGCAGGCGGCUGGAGACACGACCACGCUGGGCUGGGGAACGCGCGUCAAGGCUUUUAUCGCCUGCUUUGUUUUGGGAGUCGUCUGUUCCAUCCUGGGAUCGUGUUUGCUCUGGGUUCCUAAAAGAGGACUGAUCCUGUUCGCCGUCUUCUACACCUUCGGCAACAUCGCCUCGCUCCUAAGCACGAUGUUCUUGAUGGGUCCGUUGAAGCAGCUGAAGAGGAUGUGUGACAAGACGAGAGCGCUGGCGACGGCCGUCAUGAUCACGUGCCUUGUGUUGACACUUUGCUCUGCAUUUUGGUGGCAAAACAAAGGCCUCACCGUGCUCUUCUGCAUCCUCCAGUUCCUGGCUUUAACUUGGUACAGCUUGUCAUAUAUUCCGUUUGCAAGGGACGCGCUGAUUAAGAUGUUCUCCAUGUGUUUGAAGUGAUGUGUAGUGGCGUGUGGAGCUCGGACCUCUCUCGCCCCGCCGCUCUCUCUCUCUCUCCCUCCCUCCCUCUCUCUCUCUCUCUCUCUCUCCCUCUCUCUCUCUCGGCGCCUGAUCUCGCUUCAGCUCUGCUGCGCCCUGAGUGCCCGCUGCUAGUGCCCACUCGAGCGCCCACUCUACUGCCUGGCGCGCACACACACACACACACACACGCACUGUGCAGGUGUGCGUUUCCUCUCCUGGUGCCUGGGUGCUCUCCAGGAAUGAGUAUGAAUACACAUAUUCUCUUUUACAUGUCAGUGAAGGAAUCAGACGUGACUUCAGAACGACUCAAAGGUGCAUUUAGGUAAAGAUUUGUGAGGAAAAAAAGGUUUCUAACGGUUAAAGGGGUUGAAUAAGUUUUGACUGAUGGGUUUUUUUGUUUUUUUUUUUUUUGCACAUUGAGCCCACCCCUAUUUCUACCCAUGUACACAAAGCCCAGCUCUCAAAACUUUAAUCAGUUCAACUAGAGUUAGCCAUUAGCAGGAACUGUCAUGACUUCACUUUCAAGCUCACUCGGACAUUCAGCUGCUUGAAAGCUGGAAGUUACAACUCAUAACAUAUAAACAUGCAAAAUUCUCAUGAUGAUUAAAGAGGAGGUGAAGUGGCGUUGGGGGCGUGUCUAUAAAAUGACUGACAAGAGGUCAGUCCAAAUACAAAACAACCAUUCUAGACCAGAAGGCAGGUCCAAACCCUCUUUCUUUCUUUCUUUCUUUUUUUUUUUUUUUUUAAAUUGGCUGCAUAGUGCACUUGUGAAAAUGACUUAAACUAUUAUUUAAUCAUUUCUACAUAAUUUUCCCCCAUUAUUUGUACUAGGAAGAAAUGAAAAAUAUUGACUAUUGCACCUUUAUGUAGUGAUGUGUUCAGUCAAAAAUUGCACUUGUGUGCAUCAGCAAGAUGCCUUUAUAAUUUUAUAUUUUAUACAAGAGAUCAUUUUUAUAAAUAAUAAACGGGUUGCUGUAAAUUUGUCUUGUAACCAGCCACAUUAUAUUCAUCCUUAAAUAAUCUCUUGUGCAUUUUUUUUAUUUUGGUCAUAACAUUUUAAGACAAUAACCACUUUUAGUUCUUAGAUUAGAUUAGAUUAGAUUAGAUUAGAUUAGAUUAAGCCUAGUCCCAGAAUGAAUUGUUCUAUAAAUCUGGAUACUUGAGACUGAGGUGUGGUGUUUAGGAUGUAGUGUUUUUUUGACAUUGUUCCUGUCAUUUUUGUUACUGAAGAUCUUUUAUCAUUCUGUUAUUUUCUCUGUUUAUGUAACUGAAUUCUGCUCAUACCAUUUCUUGGUGUCGUACAUUUCCACAAUUUUUUUUGUUUGUUUGUUUUUUGUAUCACAUUUUAACUGCAGGUCUUUCCAGGCCAUGAUAAUGUGUCUGAGUUGUAGGCUGUCAUGAGAAGCGUCAGUCAGCAUUUCCUGUGUGUGCUAUGAUACAUGAAAAUUAUGUGUGAGACUUUAAAAAAAAAAAACCCUAAAAGUAGGCCUGUGUUGUAAAAGGUCAUGCACAAACUGGCUGUUCUGCUGCUUGAAAUGAAGGAUAUAUUGCAAUUUCAGAAGAUAAUACUAUAAUCUCCUCAGCAGUGUAUUAGAUUUCCAGCUAAACAGCUCUGGGAAUACUUGACAAUCAUCCACAAGUAGAUUUCUUUUUUCUGUACUAUGAGCUGUCAUGUUGUUGAAAAGAUGUGUCAUGUCUUUUUGGUAAUAUUAGAAAUGUCACUUUUCCAUUUCUGAGGAGUGUCUGGGUUUUUCACUGUGUUCCACAGGGUAUGAUGUGCAUCAGCUUUUAGUUUGCAUCAUGUUAUUUAAUUAUUAAAUGCUGUCUGUUUGAAGUCUGUUUCUGUGCUGUAGGAUAUAAAUAUUAUAUUAUAAUAUCUGUUGUAUAUGUGUAAUGUGUACUAUGUGUUGUAUAUGUGUAAUGUGUACUAUGUGUGAUGUUACCACCUGCAGCCUUUAUGAACAAAUAUAAUUAAAAUGAUUAUUUAAGUCUGGAA